AUGAUCAACACCGAGACUGGACAAUCCGAUGGCUUUUGGGGACCCCCCGACGGCCCCAAAGCGGCGGCCGCCUGGCGGCAGGUGGAGGCCAGCAGUUCCCUGACUAGCGGUCCAACUCAGGGCGAGAAGCCCGAGUCCCGGCGGGGUGCUCGGAGUGGGUUAAGAUCGGUACCAGACAAACCUCGCUGGCGUCCCUGGCGGUACGACUUCGCCGCCGAGGCAAUCAAGCGAGCGGUGGCCCUGCACGUGGCCGCCCUGGGUGAGGACUUCCUCCCAUACUCGUCCGGCGGCAAGCCGGGGGUGGUUAAGGUGCACCGGAUGGUGUCGGCGGCGAUCAGCUCGAGAGAUAGACGCAACCCGAAGAAGGCGGCACGGGCACAGAGGGUGUACGAGGGAUUAAUGAAUCUGACCCUGUUCGCGUCGCUGUUUCGUCUUCGGAUGGGGAAAUCUGAAGUGCAGGGCCAUGGAUUGUUUGCCGCAAGGGCAAUCGCGGCCCAGGAGGUCGUCACCGAGUUCAAGGGCGACCUCAUCGGCGCCGCUGAGGCACAGCAGCGAGUCGCGCACUACAACGACACGGGACUUUUUGGAUGCAUAGUACAGGUCGGAAACGGCCCCCUGUACCUGGACGCCCUGCUGCAGGGGUACCCCACCAGGUUUCUGAACCACUCCUGCGACCCGAACGCUUACCUUUAUACGGUGAUCGCAGGCAAGGGGGCCGCGCAAUCGAAGCGCGUAUAUGUAUUUACGAUGAAAGAAAUCGCAGCUGGCGAAGAGCUGUGCAUCACGUACCCCAGGCUGUUCACCAUCAGCCCCGAAGUGGCAGACACGAAGUGCACUUGCGGCGCGCCGGGGUGUCGCCAGAAGAUAUUCCGGCGCUAG